AAGUAGCUCUAGUCUUUGAGGGGUUGUUGCGUGGGGAACAAACAAAAUAAAAAUAAAGAAAACUUCUUCACUUUUGAGAGUGUUCUAAAUGCUAAAUUAUAAUCAUUGUCAUUUAUUGUCAGUGAGUCGUGAGUAAGUGAGUCGUGAGUAAGUGAGUGAAUUUUUGACUCUUUUUCUGAACUGAAAGAAAAAAGCUCUCCCCCAAAAUAAUAUUCAGUUCAUCGAUCUCAGCCCCGACGAUCGCAAGAAAUAAUAAGUAACAUAAAAGAAUAAUAAUAAUAAAAGUAUAAUAUAAGAAAGAAGACAACAACGAAGUCGAAGAUAAUAAUCGUCGUGUUCAUAUUCGUAUGUUUACACCUUAAAAUAACUUAGUCGGAAUAUAGGGGAUGUUCGUGGAGGAAAUCGAGUAUAUGCUCGGUGGUUUUAAAGAAAGAACUCUACAAAGUACUUACUAUCUCUUAUCAAAUUUUGCAUACAGAUAAUAUAGGCUUCACUCGCAUUCUCAUUCUCUAAAUGUGCAUCAAAUAACGCGCCGAACGCGUCGUCCGGUCCGUGUCGUCGUAGUUUAAAGAGCUCCACCAUUCAAAUCGUAUUCUUAUUUUCGAAAAGGUUUCCUAACCAAAAACCCCCUAUUUUCGGAAACAGAUGCAACAUAUUUCUAAGUUUUUUGACCGUUUUAACAUUCAUAUGUACAAAAUAUACCUAAUUGAAGAAAAAUAAGACCAAAAAUUUAUAUUUGUGAGAAAAUUUUCGUACAAAAGUUAUCUAAUCAUUGUGAUAUUGUAUAAAAUUUAGAAUGAAAUUUUUUAUCAACAAAAUCUUCUUCGUGAUAUCGUUUAAAUUUUUCAAGUUCCUUUAGUUAGAAAUACAAAAAAAGCACAAAAUAGUUUCCUGCGCUCCUAACAAGUGAAACAAAUAUAUAAAAUUCUAAUUAUAUUCAAGUAUUUUUUGUGAUUUUAUUGUAAGAAAUAAAAUUUAGUUUUAUCGCGCGCUGUGUCCUACGAAGAAUAAAAUUUUAUUUAUUUCUUUUUGUUUUCGAAAACAAAAUAAUAAAAAGAAAAAUACAAAAAUAUAUCUAUAAAACAAAUCAGUGUACCUAUACAGAAUUUUAAACAAAAGAAUUUUUCUCCUCUCAUUUGAGAUAUAUUCAAAAAAAAUAAACAAAAAAUUAAAUUACAAAAAUAAAUGACAAACGUAAUUGUAUCAACCGUCAACCCCUAGGUCUGGGUUUAACAAUAUUUAUUAUUUUAUUUAAUUUUUUAUUUCGUCUGUUUUUUUCGCGCGCCCUGAGUGUGAUUUGAAUUUCGAAUGAUUUGCCUGAAAUUUUGUUGGCGUUAUUUUCAAUACUGCAACAUAAAAAAUUCGCGAUAAAGUGUUAAAAAAUAGGGAAAUAAUUAAAAUAAAUUAAUUUAUAAUGAGAUUCGCCUGCAAUCAAUAUAAUUACUAUGAUUCCGCUUAUCGGAUUCCAUCAAAACAUCAUAAUGCAUCUCACCUGCAUCAUAAAAAUAAUUUUGGUAUGCGAAUGACUAUGGCCACAGCUUCCACAAUGACACCCAGAGUACACAGGAAAGGCUUUCGUAUACCAUCAAAAAGACAUCCUGGUAAAGCGUUACCCGGCAAACUUCAUUCAAUGUCAAGGGUUGGUCCUGGUAAAAUACCACCCGGCAAACGAAUGCAACAGAGGCCACAACCACCGCCAUGUGAUAAUUCAAAUGAUAGUGGAUUCGGUUUUGAUCAACAUGUCGAAGUUCAAAAUAGUAAUCAACAUAUGAUAAGAUCGAUGCCUGUAUCAAGAUCAACUCGAAACGAUGCUGAGCAACACGACGAAAUCGGCACCGAUGACUCUGAUGAAACAUACUCGAUCAUACCAAAUCAUCAUCAUCACCAUCACUCAAUUCAAAACCGCGUUCAAUAUCGAGCCAAGCGUAAAAAGAUCGAAAGAGUUGUUGAACUUGAAAAUGAUGAUGCCUGCAGUGAGGAUGCAUUCAUAUCUCGAAUUGCUUCGGCAACAACAACAAUUCCUAAUAACACAUCAAUCAACAAUAACAACAACAAUCAUAAUGCUUAUGUUACACCACUGCCACAGCCAACAACAAAAUAUUCAUCAAAUGGUGCCAGAUCAGCACCUCGUGUUGCCCAUAAACGUCAACCACCAGCAUCUCUCAACAAUGUUGCUACAUCAUCGAAUGGUCGAGUGCAAUUGGAAAUUCUAUCACAGCCAGAACAGCAACAUAGAGCCAGAUAUCAAACUGAAGGAAGCCGUGGUGCUGUUAAAGAUCGUAGUGGAAAUGGAUUUCCAAUUGUUCGAAUGGUUGGUUAUAAUAAACCAGCUUUGCUGCAAGUAUUUAUUGGUACAGAUAUUGGCCGAGUGGCGCCACAUAUGUUUUAUCAAGCGUGUAAAGUUGCCGGAAAAAAUUCAACACAGUGCAAUGAGAAGAAAGUCGAUGGAACGAUGAUUAUUGAAAUUGAUUUUAAGCCAGAAUUGGAUAUGACGAUUACAUGCGAUUGCGUUGGAAUUCUAAAGGAACGCAAUGUAGAUGUAGAACAUCGUUUUCCCGAUCAUUUGGCUCAGAAGAGUAAGAAAAAGUCAACCCGCUGCCGUAUGGUAUUUCGAACACAAUUAACCCACGACGAUGGAACAGUAGAAACUCUACAAGUGUGUUCAAAUCCAAUUAUUUGCACACAACCACCUGGAGUACCAGAAAUAUGUAAAAAGUCCCUAAAUUCUUGCCCAGUAGAUGGUGGCCUUGAAUUGUUUAUUAUUGGAAAGAAUUUCCUAAAAGACACACAUGUAUUAUUUCAAGAAACCCUCGAUGAUAUUAGAACUAAUGAUAUGGUUACUAUAAAUUCAUUAUGGGAGCAAUCAGUUUUACCCGACAAAGAGUAUUUGCAACAAACUCAUCUUAUUUGCACAGUUCCACCUUACAUUCAUCAAAACAUCCUGAAACCAGUUACAGUGCAAUUAUUCAUUAUAUCCAGUGGGAAAAAGAGCGAAUCACAUACCUUCACUUAUACACCGAAAGGAACAUACACCACGCUCUCGGCUGCAACAACGUUAAGUACAUUGCAUGGUUCAAUGUCAGGACAAGAUACUCGUUACAUGGAUACAAACGGUGGUGUACCGAACGCAGCUGGCAAUGCUGCGGUCGUGCAACAAAUGUGGACUGAAACAAAGCAUGAGAUCGAUGCGGACAUGAUGCCGCCACCGGCGAGCACCCAAAUACCAAUGAUUGUGCGGCGACCCUCACUGACCAGCGCCAUGAUCACCGAUCAGAUGGUAAUCGGUGGCUUAAAGACUGAAAUUCUGGAUGAGAAUUCCCAGAAUUCGAUUGCGGAUGCUAUGCAAUCCGCCGAGUCGUUGGAACGUUUCCCUGUCGUUCAGGGCGAUAGCGGUCUGUUAGUUGAUCAGAACCCAUUGAUGAUGCAUAAUCAGCGAUUGCGCAAGCAGAGCAUUGACAUGCUGGACAUGCAAUCGAUGUCAUUGUUGAAUGAGAGUAACAGUUUGCCAAGUUUCCCCACACAUCACAGUGAUAUGAAUGCGAUGGCAGCUGCGGCAGCAGUAGAUAUCGCCGUAAAGAACGAACAAAUUGCCAAGGAGAUUCUCACGGCGGCUGUAGUCCAUCAAGGACAACAGACUGUUGACAAAUUCUUAUCGAGUCUAAGUCCGACAAUAAGUGACUUGAAGCCCUCACCGCAAAUGGAGCAGAACUCUAUAUUCAAUGUCAAUAAUACAGGCGCUGGGGCGGGAGUUAUAUUUCCGCAGCAAGCCGCAAAUAAUAUGGUGAUGGCUUCGAACGCUGUCAACAAUAUCGAUCAAACCCUCAACGACAUGUUGGCAGUGGCCAGUCACUCGCCUUCUACUGAUAUGCAGUCGCUUUCAUUGGUCCGUAGCUCGUCGGUGUCGAGUACAUCCUCCUCGUCAUCUUCAUCAUCAUCAUCGUCGCCGAACAGCUCCCCAAUGACACAUGACAUCAUUCUGAAUUCAGAGCCAGCCGCUGUCAUCACCUCAGUGAACAUGCAACAGAUGUUAAGUGGCACCGAACCAAGUGCAGUAGUGCAACAGCAGCAGCAGCAACAGCCCACUGAUCACAUCCCAGCCGAGAUGAUUCUCAAUUCAAAUAUCUCACCGUCUACUAUCCUUUGCCCACCGAACUCAGUUCCCAAUUUGAUGGUUAACCAGGUCUCACUUCUCAAUGGAAUCGGGAUGCAGCCUCAGUCAUCGCAGGAUUCCCUCUUAAACAGCAUUAUUAUGACACCGCCAUCGAACUCACCGCCAAUCCAACAACAAACAUCGCCCCAACCACAACAGCAACAGCAAUCCCCGCCACGACAAGUAGUUCCCGUUGUUGACCAACAAACCGAUCCCCAAGUUACGGCAACCUCAACGGCAGUCAGCAAUAUGAUCAUCAAAGCGGCAGCCGACUUCAUUUCAAAUCACGAAAACAACCCAGAGUCUGCCAUCGAUGCCCUAAUGAGUCUCAACGACAGCCCCAUUCAAACUCAAUCGCAGGUUUCUCAAAUACUCGGCGGAUCGCCAGUCACCACCAAUACCAUGGUUCCCAAUGCCCAACCGGGUCUGUGCUCUUCGGCACAAUUUCUUGCCAACACUAGACACCAUCAGAUGUUAGAAGCCCGACAGCAAGAGACAGUCCCAUUGGUGAAUAUGCUUCUCAAUCAUGACGUCCAGAAUGUGACUGCCACCGAUGCAGCACAAACACAAUAUUUACAGAGCCUUCAAAAAUCUAAUCAGCUGACUAUGAGUGUUUCACCCCAAACAAAUCAGGAAUCUCUCAUUCAAGCAGUAGCCUUGGCCGGGAAUGCUCUCCAGAAGAAUAAUGUUGCAGUGGCCCAGAAACAAUUAAGUGGUAUGUUGCCGAAUGUUUCACUUACUGUACCUCAGACAACAGGACCAAUACCUGCAGCUGCAACAGCUAUUCCUCAAGAAUUAACCAUUAUGUCGGACCAGGACUUGAUAAGCUACAUCAAUCCAAGUACCUUUGAUCAAAUCUGAAGCGUCAAAUAUCAAACAGAAAUUGGUUCUAAAAAAAUGCAUGUCUUAAAAAUUAACAGAGAGACACCAGAGAAUACAAAAAAAAAACAAAAAACAAUUAUCAUUAGAAGCCCCCCGUGAGAAAGAAGAAAAUUCCUUUUUUGGGCAAAUUUUUCAAUAUAAAAUAAUAAAAGUUCGGAAAAAUCAGACUUUAUUACAUACAAAGGAAUAAAAAUGAUGUAAUUUAUGAAAAUUCAUUGAAACCACAAAACUUUUUUAGCAAAAGAAAUACAAAAAGAAUAAAUCAUCCACCAUAAGUUUUAAACAAUUCAAAACAAAAAGUAUUUCUUUUUGAUUUUUCUUAAUUAAUUUUUAUUACAAUAAAUCAAAAAUCCUAAACAAACAAAAAUAUAACAAAAAUAUACAACAAAACAAAAUAUUUUAUGCAACUGUAAACAAAAGAUCUGAUAUUCCUUUUUUAUGAAAGUUUUUUAUUUUUUGUUUAUUUAUUUUUUUAAUAACAAAUGAAACUAAGAAAAAAAGUAAAUCAAUGACUGCCAUAUUUAAAAACAAAAGAAACUUAUCACAAAAAACAAAAUAUUUAUUAUUAAAUAAUAAAUACAAAUUAUAUAUUUUAUAUUAAUGUAUACAUUUUGAAAAGUGUAAUAAAUUUGUGUAAAAAAAAACUGAAAAUUUAGUCAUUUUAAAAAAAGAGUUUUACACAAAAAAGUGUCUUAUAUAAAAAUAAAAAUAAUUAAAUUAGAAAAUCAAAACAAAAAUGUUUUAUAAAUGUUAUAUGUUUAUAAAUGUUAUACUAAAAAUAAAAAAAAACAAAAAACAAAACUGGGCUACGCACACAAAAAAACAAACAAAUUAGAAUUAAUUACAUAAUUGGUUUAAUAUGAAAAUUGAGAGUUUUGUUUAAACAUUAAAUUUGUAUUUAUGUUCAUAUUCCACCUCAUUUGUCGGUAAUUUAUUUUUUUUUAAUAAUUUUUUUUUUUUUUGAAAAACAAGUCUGAUUUUUAUUACAAUUUUUUGUUUGUUCAUUUAAUUAUUAUUUUCUUGUUAUUUCCUUAAGUAAGCAAAACAAAAUAAAUGUAAUAUUGUUUCCUUAAAUUAUAAGUUUCUUUUCUAUUAUUAUCAUAUUAUCAAGCAGCUGAAAGUAAAACGAAAUACAAAAACAAAACUAACUGAAAAAGAAAAGACUUUUGAAUAUUUUUCUAAGUUUUUAAUUCAAUAAAUGGGAAGUGAAAACUAUACACCUUUUACUAAAUUCGAGCUAAAAUGCAUUAUAUGCUGUUUUAUGUUUCAAAUCGGUUUGAAAAUACAUAUUUUUACACAUUAGUUUUUUAAGAUAUACAUACAUUUUUUUUUUAAUUAUUCACUUUAAAAAAUAAAUACAUAAAUAAAUGAUAUCGAUUGAAUAUUGUGACUGGUAUUUAGAAAAGAAAGAAAAAACAAAAACCCAUCUUACAAAAUUAUUCCCUAAUCCCAUUCAAAAUGAAAACAAUUUAUUAGGACUACAUAAUCAAUUUUAAAAUUAAGAUAAUUGCUAUUAUAUACAUUAACAAUACAAAAAAAAACAAAAGAAAACAAAUUAUAAACUGUUAUACACGUCAUAUACUUAGAUUUUAGGAAAUAUUUUUGAAAAAUAUAAACAAAUUACAUACAAACAAAAUAUAUAUAUAUAUUUUAAUGUUAUCAAUAGUUGUUGUAAUUUAUAUAACUCAUAUUAUAAUGUUAGAGAAGAAAAAAUAAAAAAAUCAUACACAUACAAAAUACAAAA